GUGGAGAAUAAUGCACGGCAAUCAGCUCUUUUUAAAAAAAUAAUGAAAAGUGGUUUAUCAGUUUUUGCCUAUGGUUUUUGCAAAUGAACUCUUCAGUCUGUCUGAAUACUGGAUUCUGAUUGGCUGGCAGGUUGCUCUUGAGCGCGGUGAGAGGAGGAUAAUCUGUCCACAGCUCAAGCGCUCAAGAGCCGAUAAGGAGCUUCCAACCGACGCGCUGUGAACGCCGCGGUCUGCUGCUGUCACGCACUCAAUAUCACUGUUUAUGAACAACAUGGAGGGAUGCAACAUCGAGUAAUGUGAUCAGAGCCGAUCUCUUCAGCUGAUUAAUGUGGAGAGAUGAAAAUGGGAGCGAGGGAUAUCCGAACUUCUCCGAUGACGGAUUUUAUGAAGGAGCCUGCAGCCUGUGAUGGGAGCUAAGGGUUUAUCCUGCUGGCUGUAGUCGCUUCCUGGUGGAUCUUUUGGUGUGAGCCUGCAUCUCCUCUACAGACAGACGGUCUUCAAGAGUGGGCCGCUGUUUGUCCUUUGCUUUGAGGGUGACUGUGAGAGUGAGAGCAAGGCAUUCUGGGAAUCCCAGCCAGACCUGGAUGUGGUUGAGUCUCAGCUAUCAGCAGCAGAAGAAAAGUUUGUCCAAUGCUGCCCCUCUAUAUACUGAAGUUCACCUCCAGGGGCAUCAUGAGUGGAUAACGGGCGUGGCCGGAGGCGGUGCAUAGGUCAAGGGGUGGAGCCACUGCGGUGGAUGGGCAGUAUUGAGUGGGAGGGAGGUGCUGUAAAUGAUGACCAGUCUUUUCCGUCGGAGUAACGCGAACAGUAACCAUGGCAGCGGUUCGCGAGAAGGCGACGCUGCCUCAGGAGAGCUCAAUAACAGGAGGCCUCCACGUCAGGUCCGGCGUUUGGAGUUUAGCCAGGCUAUGGACGACUUUAAGACGAUGUUCCCCAGCAUGGAGCAUGAGGUUAUCGAGUGUGUCUUGAGGGCCAACCAUGGUGCUGUUGACUCCACCAUUGACCAGCUAUUGCAGAUGAGCUUGGACAGACAGGCCACGGAUGACAGCUCGGAUUCAGAGGACAGCAUCCCUCCAGAGAUCCUGGAGAGAACGCUGGAGCCGGACAGCUCAGAUGAGGAGCCUCCACCCAUCUACGCGCCGCCCUCCUAUGACAUGCACAUCUAUGACAGAAAACAUCCCGCAGAUGUUCCAUCCACACCACCACCCAGGUUCGAUGAUUAUCCCCCUCCUGGGCACCAGCAGAUUGGCAGAUACAGGAACUGGAAUCCACCGUUACUAGGCAACCUCCCUGAUGACUUCCUGCGUAUCCUGCCUCAGCAGUCAGAAAGUCUUCAGCGUUCUCAGAGCAACCUGUCUCAGCCUUCCUCCUCCUCCUCUUCCUCCCUGUCAUCCCUGACGCAGCUUUCGUCCAGCAGCAGUGCCCUGUCAGGUGGUGUUUGGCCAUCUGAACAGGACAGGAAGUUGAAACAGUACUUAGAGGACGAGCGAAUAGCCCUUUUCCUGCAGAAUCAGGAGUUCAUGAAAGAGCUACAGCGUAACAGAGACUUCCUCAUAGCUCUGGAGAUAGAUCGUCAGAGGUGCGAGAAAACACAGUGUGGUCAUUCAUCCGCUUGCACGGAGAACUCCGCCGAAGGUGAUAAUUGUGGCUCGGGGUCUGAGGAGGCCUGUUCAUCAGUCUCUGACGAUGCCUUAUUCCUGGAGAAACUCAAGCACAUGGGCAAAUCUACAAGGAAGAAGCUCUUUGAAAUUGCUAAAUCAUUCUCGGAGAAGACCAGAAGAAAGAAGUCCAAAAAGCGAGCUCUGCCCAAACACCAGUCAUAUCCUCACAUGUCCAGCCCUGACAGUCGCUGCCUGGAGUUUGCAUCUAUUCUGGGCUCUGCAACCUCCACCGUCAAUCUCCUGGAAGAAGUAGAGAGUCCGCCAUCGGCCGAGGAUGACAGCCAAUUUAAGAGACUCCCAGGAAGAGAGGAAGGGGAGGAGUCAAAGGAAAUGAUGUCAUGAUGGAUGAAUCCUGGCUGGAGCAGCCAAUGGUCUCUGCUUUAGAGAGGUUGUUUCAACAGCUCUGAAGACUGAAGCAUCGUGAAGAUGGAGAUUUUACUCAUUAGUUUCCUGCAAUGCUUAAUUAAACCUGAGCCAUAAAAUCAUCAUAGUUCUAUAUUGUUUGUAAAAUUCUGGUUCAACAGUCUAGUUUCUGAUGAGGUGUAGCAGAUUUGGUGGUGUUUAGAAGUAUGCUGUGUCAGGACGGUGCUCAUGCUGUGCUGGGACUCAGGACUCUGAACAUCCACAAGCACAAAACCUCAUUGCUCUGCUCGAUAAGAAAAUCUGUGUCUAUCUCAGGAGAAUUUAAACGGCCUGGAGCCCAUGUACAGUUCCUGUCAUGUUUAUAGAUAACGCUCUUUCCAUUUCUCAUGAUCUUAUUUGAUAGGUAUUACUUUGAUAACUGCGUGAUUGAUUAAAAAAUAGUUAUCAAGUUUAGUUGCUAUGUUGCAAUGUGUUUUCAUCCAACUCACAAUCUGAAAUCAUGCUCAAGGCUUUUUCGAAAAUUCUGCUUCAUUUCACCAUUCAUUACUGAAAUUAAGUCAUAUUUUAUUCUUAGUGUUAAGUAAGGUCUGGUUGUGUGUGGGAUAGUAUUUAUUAAAACUAAAUUGUAAUUUUCACAGUUUAGAGCUGUCAGUUCACUGUAAAUUACUAUUGAUUUUCAGAGGAUCAUUUUGUUUGUUAUUAAAUAAAUUACAUUUUGAAACCAA